AUGGAGAAUGACAAGAUCAUUAGCAAGCAUGAUGAGGUCAACAGCAAGGAUGAAGCUGUACUUAACAAGAAUGAUCAAGAGAAGCAUAAAGAGAAAGAUGAGCAGCCACAAGAGUCAAGGAAAGGAAAGCAAGUAAUGGAGGAAUCAUCACAAGGACAGAGGAAGGAAGUGAAAACUUACACACCUCCUCUGCCAUAUCCUCAAAGGCUACAAAAAGAACUCAAGGAUCAACAAUUCCCCAAGUUCCUUGAGGUCUUCAAGAAGCUGGAGAUUAAAUGUAGAACUGUGAUCCAAAGGGGUAUUCCACCAAAGCUUAAAGAUCCAGGGAGAUUUGUGGUUUCAUGCACCAUAGGCAAGAUGACAUUAAAGAAAGCUCUCUGUGAUCUAGGUGCUAGUAUCAACCUGAUGCCCCUCUCAAUGAUGAGAAAGCUUGCCAUAGAAGAAAUCAAACCUACCAUAAUGUCAUUGGAUAUGGCCGAUAGAUCAAUCAAGACACCCAAUAGAGUUGUGGAAAAUCUAUUAGUGAAGGUUGGAGAAUUUAUCUUCCCUGCAGACUUUGUGAUCUAG